CUCUUAGUGAAUCUACAAGCAAAGAUGGGGGUUCCGUUAGUCUGCCACGGGCAUUCUCGUCCCGUCGUCGAUGUGUCUUACAGUCCGGUGACUCCAGAUGGGUUCUUUCUCAUUAGCGCCAGCAAAGAUUCGAACCCGAUGUUGAGGAAUGGGGAGACUGGUGAUUGGAUAGGGACUUUUGAAGGACACAAGGGAGCAGUUUGGAGCUGUAGCCUUGACAAAAAUGCUAUGCGUGCUGCCUCAGCUUCUGCAGAUUUCACUGCGAAAAUAUGGAAUGCAUUGACUGGAGAUCAAUUGCACUCCUUUGAACACAAGCACAUUGUUCGUGCAUGUGCCUUCUCAGAGGACACUCACCUUUUACUUACUGGUGGAAUGGAGAAAAUUCUUCGGAUAUUCGAUAUGAAUCGGCCAGACGCACCUCCAAAAGAAGUUGGAAACUCUCCUGGUUCAAUCAGAACCGUCGAAUGGCUUCAUAGUGAUAAUACUAUAUUAAGCUCCUGCACAGAUUCCAGUGACAUUAGGUUAUGGGACAUAAGAAGUGACAAGAUUGUUCGAACAUUAGAAACAAAAUUCCCAGUUACUAGCGCUGAAGUAAGCCAGGAUGGGCGAUACAUAACUACUGCUGAUGGAUCUAGUGUUAAGUUUUGGGACGCCACUAAUUUUGGAUUGCUGAAGAGCUAUGAGAUGCCCUGCAACGUUGAAUCGGCAUCCUUGGAACCGAAACACGGGAACACUUUCAUUGCUGGAGGAGAAGAUAUGUGGGUCCAUAGGUUUGAUUUCCAGACAGGAGAGGAGAUUGGGUGUAACAAGGGUCACCACGGACCAGUGCACUGCGUGAGGUAUGCACCGGGAGGGGAGUCAUACACGUCAGGCUCAGAAGACGGGACGGUCAGAAUAUGGGAGGUGGGUUCAGUGCACCAUGAGGAGAGCAAUCCGAGGAGCGGUCACGUGAAGCUUGUGGCAGAGGAGGUUGUGCGUAAAGCUGAAAGUCUGCGUAUCACUGAGAAAGCCGCAGAAGCGAAAUGA